CUCAUGUUACCACACGGUUCAAAACAGCGCAGUGUACUCAGGGAAGUGAGAACUGAACCCGGUCGUGUCCAGGGAGGGAGAGCAAUGCUUGAAAAGCCACAUUUAAUUCAGUGUAAAUCGUGAAGCAGGUUCCUGCAGUGAGGAUUCAUCAUGGCUCUGCUCGGAUCCGGAAGCAUGCUGUUCCUGUUGCUGCUGUUUGGACAUUCACUCGGGGGGCCUCCUUCCUUCAGCGUGGAUUACCAGAAGGACUGCUUCCGGAAAGAUGGUGAAGCGUUUCGAUACAUAUCAGGAAGCAUCCAUUACAGCCGGAUCCCCCGGGUCUACUGGAAGGACCGACUGCUAAAGAUGUACAUGGCGGGACUGAACGCCAUCCAGACGUACAUUCCCUGGAACUACCACGAGGAGGUUCCGGGCCAGUACAAUUUCAGUGGAGACCGCGAUUUGGGGCAUUUCCUUCAGCUUGCCCAAGACAUCGGUUUACUGGUCAUCCUUCGGCCUGGACCCUACGUAUGUGCAGAGUGGGACAUGGGGGGGCUGCCUGCCUGGCUGCUCAGGAAGAAGGACAUUGUGCUGCGGUCCUCCGAUGCAGAUUACAUCGCAGCGGUAGAUAAGUGGAUGGGGAAGUUGCUGCCAAUGAUGAAGGCUUUUCUUUACCAGAAUGGGGGUCCUAUAAUCACUGUACAGGUGGAGAAUGAAUACGGCAGUUAUUCCGCCUGCGACUACAACUACAUGCGCCACCUGACGGCGCUGUUCCGGUCUCACCUCGGCGAGGAGGUGGUGCUCUUUACCACGGACGGAGCUGGGCUCAGAUACCUCAAGUGCGGCUCGAUACAGGGCCUCUACGCCACCGUCGACUUUGGGCCAGGCGCAAAUGUAACCGCUGCCUUCGAUGCUCAGAGACACGCUGAACCUCGCGGACCUCUGGUGAACUCUGAAUUUUACACCGGCUGGCUGGACCACUGGGGGUCCGCUCAUUCCGUGGUGCCGUCUGCCGCCGUGGCGAAGUCCCUCAACGAGAUGCUCGCCCUGGGAGCGAACGUCAACCUUUACAUGUUCAUAGGAGGGACAAACUUUGGAUACUGGAAUGGGGCCAACGAUCCAUACGGCGCGCAGCCCACGAGCUACGACUACGACGCCCCGCUCACAGAGGCCGGGGACCUCACACAGAAGUACUUUGCUAUUCGAGAAGUGAUCAAAUUGUACCAUAAGAUACCUGCGGGACCGAUACCACCAACAACUCCCAAGUACGCAUACGGGACUGUUGGGAUGAAAAAGCUCCAGGCGCUAUCCGAUGCUUUAGAAACACUGUCUUUCUCCGGCCCCGUCGCAAGCAAAUAUCCUCAGACCUUCAUUGAGCUCAACCAGGCCUUUGGUUAUGUGCUCUACAGGACCUCUCUGCCUGUAAACUGCAACACACCAACUCCACUGUCGUCUCCACUGAACGGCGUCCACGACAGAGCGUAUGUGUCAGUGGACGGGGUGGCUGUGGGGAUUCUUGAAAGGAACAAAGUCAUAACUGUCAACGUGACUGGGAAAGCUGGCAGUCGGGUGGACAUACUGGUUGAGAAUAUGGGCCGGAUCAACUACGGAAGUCACAUCAACGACUUUAAGGGCCUGGUAACCAACCUGACUUUGGGGAAGGAUACGCUGACUGGUUGGACCAUGUACAGCCUCAGCAUCGAUGAAGCGGUCCGUCAGGGUCUUCUCGAUGAAAUGAGACCAACCGACUCACCGCAGCCUCUCGCUCUCUACCUGCCAGCUUUCUACGCAGGAAGCUUCAUCAUCCCUGACGGCAUCCCAGACCUUCCCCAGGACACCUACAUCCAGCUACCCAAAUGGAGGAAGGGGCAGGUUUGGAUCAACGGCUUUAACUUGGGCCGUUACUGGCCGACCCGAGGCCCUCAGGUGACACUUUUUGUACCUGCCAACAUCCUCAGCACGGCUGCACCCAACAACGUGACUGUCCUGGAGCUGGAAGAGGCUCCCUGCAGCUCAGGACCAUGCAGUGUGGAGUUUACUGCCACCCCCGUCCUGAAUGCAACGGUCCAGUCUCAGGGCAAAUGGCAAAGGAGGCUCUUCAGUAAAGAGGAUUUGGUUUAAUAAGAAGGGUACUCGCUGCAACUCAAAAUUAAUAUAUUUGCACUACUCUAUUUGCUGAUAUUCAAACACAAAUCAGCACUUGUGUGGGCUUGAUGUUUUUCAACAGGGACUUUUAAAAAAAAAAGAUAUAAUAUGUGAGGGUAGGUUGAUUUGCAUCACAACAUCAGUGAUUGAAUGUGUCUCUAUGAAACAUGAAGUGUUUUUUGCCAAAUAAUGUCAGUACCCAUCAACUGUAGGCGUCUCCACCUUUCUGAUUCUACAUAACGGCGGAAAUACUGUGUCCAACCACAGGUGCUUUGUGGGACUGCUGACAUUUUGCUUUGAAAUUAUUUUUAUUUACAUGUCUGAUUUAAUGCCUACAAUAAAUGGAAAAGGUGUGUUUAUUAAUACUCUUGACUUUUGACCAUAUGCCAAUUAUAUGUGUCACCAUGAGAAAGAGAUAAGCCUUGCAGUAAAGAUGGAGAAACUAGAUAAUGUGGCGCAGAAGAUUGUAAUGAAGGAUCAUCCACAUCAUAAGACCUG